AUGUUUCCAUAUCCAUCUGGUAUUCUUCAUUUGGGCCAUACAAGAGUGUACACUAUUAGUGAUGUAAUAGCUAGAUUCAAGAGGUUGAAAGGUUAUAAUGUGAUACAUCCAAUGGGAUGGGAUGCGUUUGGAUUACCCGCAGAAAAUGCUGCUGUGGAAAGAGGCGUGAAUCCUGCUGACUGGACAGAGAGAAAUAUCGACAAAAUGAAGGAACAGAUAGACUUCAUGCUAGCCGAUUUCGACUGGGACAGAGAGGUCACUACAUGUUCGCCAGAUUACUACAAGUGGACACAGAAGAUAUUCUUGUUACUUUUCGAAAACGGUCUAGCCUAUAGAAAAGAAGCCCAGAUCAACUGGGACCCCGUAGACCAGACAGUGUUAGCCAAUGAACAAGUAGAUUCAGAAGGUAAAUCUUGGAGAAGUGGAGCACUAGUCGAGAAAAGAAACUUGGAACAGUGGUUUAUAGGUAUAACCAAGUAUGCUUCUGAACUUAAUCGAGACUUGGAUUAUUUGAAGGGAUGGCCACAAAAGGUGAAGGCUAUGCAACGGCACUGGAUUGGAGAGUCACAUGGUGCUGAAAUCAUCUUUCCCACCAAUAACUCAUCUCAUCAAGAAUUAUCUGUUUUUACCUCUAGGCCAGAUACGUUGUUCAGUGUACAGUUUUUGGCAAUUUCCAUAAAUCAUCCUUUAGCCAAGAAAGCUGCAGAAUCAGAUACUGCUCUCGCUGCCUUUAUAAAAGAGUCAUCUUCAGCUUCACCUGAUUCUAAGGAUGGAUACUUGCUUCGAACAAAGGCGUCUAUUCCUAUUAAUCCAUUCAACGACAAGCAAGAAGUUUUUGAUGUCCCUAUCUAUAUUGCGCCCUAUGUUUUGGAUACAUAUGGUCAUGGUGCUGUUAUGGGUUGUCCAGCGCAUGACGAAAGAGACUUCGACUUUUGGAAACUUCAUAGUCCUGACAGUCAGAUUGUGCAAGUUGUAGGACUUCAAGAUGUAGAAGCUGCUAAGACAAGAGGCUUGGAUCUGCCAUUUACUGAUAAAGCAGGUAUUCUCUACGAUUCAUCUGUUUUAGAAGGUGGUUUAAAAGAUUUGGGAGACUACCAUGGAAAAACAACAAAACAGGCAGCUCAUGAUAUUGUCAAGUCUUUGGAAAAUCAUGGUUGUGGAUCUAAAUCAACUCAGUUUAGAAUCAGAGAUUGGUUGAUUAGUAGACAAAGAUACUGGGGAGCACCUAUUCCGAUAGUCCACUGUGAUAGUUGCGGGCCUGUAGCGGUUCCGGAUGAACAGCUUCCUGUAUUAUUACCAAAAGUUAGUGGCUCUAGUUUUGGGAAAGGUAAUCCUUUAGACAAGCUUGAAAGCUUUGUUGAAACAUCUUGUCCCUCGUGUGGUGCUCAAGCUCGUAGAGAAACUGAUACCAUGGAUACAUUCAUGGACUCAUCUUGGUAUUUCUUCCGUUAUUUGGAUUCUCAAAACGAGAAGAUGCCUUUUGGUCAUGAUGUUACUACCAAAAACAUGCCUGUAGAUAUGUACAUUGGAGGCGUAGAACAUGCUAUUUUGCAUUUACUAUAUUCCAGAUUCAUCUCCAAAUUUCUUGGAGAUGUUGGUUUGUGGAACGGCAAGGAAGUGCAUAACGAGCCUAUUAAGAGAUUGGUUACGCAGGGCAUGGUCCAGGGGAGAACAUUCACAGAUCCCGACACAGGAAGAUUCUUGAAGCCAGAGGAGGUGAGUACUCUAUCUAGAGAACCUACUGUUAUUGCUACUGGCAAGGUACCUAAGGUUUCAUAUGAAAAGAUGUCAAAAUCUAAAUACAAUGGUGUAGACCCAGAAGAAUGCAUUAAGCAGUAUGGUGCUGAUUCAAUCAGAGCCCACAUGCUUUUCCAAGCCCCAGUCUCAGAUGAACUCAACUGGAAUGAAGAACAAAUCCAGGGCGUUCAGCGUUGGUUAAGAAAAGUCAUUUCUCUAGAAGAAACGAUCUCUAGGUUAGCACUUGAAAGAAAGACUUAUAGUGGAGUCGAUACUUUCAAGCUUGAGAACUUUGAACUUUGUGGUGUUCAUCAUGACGUGUUAGAGGUUAGUCAAAAUGAAUUCAACUUAUUGAGUGAUGUUCAACGUUAUAUUCAGCGUAUUGCAAAUUCCAUUGAAGUUGAAUUAUCCUUCAACACCGUGAUUUCAGACUUGAUGAAAUUAACCAAUGCAAUCAUUGCUGCAUCUAAGCCAGGAGAAGAUGUAAAUUAUGAGAUACUCCUAGAUUCUUAUAGGAAAUUAUUGAUUAUUUUGAGUCCUAUCACACCCUGUACUGCCGAAGAGUGCUGGGAAAGGUUGAAUUCCAAUUUAGAAUUAGAGUGCAAAUCUAUCUUUCACGAAAGGUACCCUACCCACCAAAAAAUUGAAUCUCCAUUUACAAAAUAUAAUGUCUUUGUUAACGGCAGAGCUAGGCAUUCUUUCGAGGCCUUGAAGCUGUUGGCGGAGAAGAGUGAAGCUGAAAUUUUAUCGCAUAUUCUUAAAUAUGAUGAUGUUUCGAAAUUUGUUGCAGUGGAAAGGAUCCAAAAAGUAAUUACGAAACCAGGUAUGAUUAGUAUUGUCAUGACAAAAAUCUAG